AUGGCGCUCCUUCAAACAUCUUUCAUCUGGAUUGUGUAUGCAGUAGUGGUAGCUCUUCUACUAGCAGUGGCUUCGGUGUUUAUCUAUGUCUACCAAACUCCCCGUGACCGCUCACCUUCAGUCACCUUGACUUGCAUCAUUUCGAUCACCAGUCUUCUGGCUACUGUGCUCCUGCUACCUGUUGAUAUUGCUCUGGUAUCAUCAACUACGUCGCCCCAGUUGGGCCAACGAAAGGACUGGGCAACACAAGAUGUGGUGGACAGAAUCACUUAUUCUCUGACCAUUAUCUAUUACCUCCUCUACUCCUUGGAUGCCUUCCUCUGUCUGCUGGUCAUUCCCUUCACAUAUUUUUGGUAUGAGGAAUUUGAUGAGGUUGCGACCGAGGCAGGGGAGCAAACCGUGGGCCAACGGAUUUGGGGCGCUCUCAAAUACACGUUUUCAUUCGUCGUGAUUGUUGUGAUCCUAUUCCUAGUAGGGUUCUUCAUCCCGGUUCAAGGCAAAAGUGACAUGGAUCUGGACUACUUCAGGCGGUUACUGACCGACAAUCAUGGCGAGCGUGCUCUCACCUUUAGCCUUGGGCUAUUGAUGACAAUUGGGCUUUGUCUUUAUGUAUUGUAUACAUCUGUGGGACUGGCCCUGUUGCCAGUCACUCUGAUAAAGACUGCACCAUCAAUCUCCAGUGCAACCUUGCUAGCGAGCACUACGCAACAACUCGAGAUUAAUCAAGAGCGACAACGGCAGCUCGAAGGUCGAUGUGCUGGAGAUCCUGUGCUUCUAUCCUCCAAGGACCGUCGAGAGCUUGAUACUCUAGUGCGGGAUGAGAGAACCCUGAUUCGCCGCCAACGUCUGGCCGAAGAACAUCAAGGCGUGGGUCAAAGUUGGUUGAUGAAGGCUUGGUACAAGAUUGGAGCUAUUCUCCGCCCAUUCAAGCUCCUAGGAGGUAUUUUACUGCUAUUUAUUGCUUUCUUCACAUGGGUAUCCAUGCUCUUGACAGCAAUUGACAAAGCAAAAAACUCGAUUUGCAAGCAUCGUUGUGGAUACAUCCUCGCACAUGUCAACAUUUUCAACCCAGUCAACUGGGCGCUCGUUCAAUCCGCCAAGUUUUUCCCCAUUGACUAUGCUAUAUUCACAUUUCUUGUGUUGCUGUUUUUCUGCAGCUCUGUGGUCGGAAUUGCUGUGGUCGGCAUCCGCUUCCUAUGGAUCAGAAUCUUUCAAAUCAGAAAAAGCCACACAUCUCCUCAGGCUCUCCUCUUAGCCACGGCCAUGUUAAUGCUAAUAAUUCUAGCUUUGAAUUAUUCCAUUUCGAUGAUAGUCGCCCCUCAAUAUGCCACGUUUGGCCCACAAACAUUUUGUGAUCGUGACCCUUCACCUUUCGUUGCAGACUGCUCAAACAACAAAGAACUCAUCAAACCAUGUUCCGAGCUGGCGAAAUCUUCUGCUGCACAACAAGUCUGCACACCCAGUGUUGUGAGCACAUUCUUGAAUCGAGUGACCAUUCACUACCCGUACUUUGGGGUGGUAUUCUUUUGGGCACAGUUCUUCUUCCUAGGCUUGUAUCUCAUUGUCUUCGUUGCCUCCCUUCUCCGUUCACCUAAGUUAGAUGAGGCGCAACUGGAUGAGGAUGCCGAAGAAGCUGAGGAGGAAGGUUUAUUAGCCAAUACCGGCAGACGCUUUAAUGCCAACUGGCAAGACAUUACAACCCGAGCUGUCCGCAGUCAAAGCCCUCAGCGCUAA